AUGUCCACGACACCGUUACUAGAUGAUGUCGCGCUGUUCUUCACAGCGUGCAUGAGGGACCCGGCACGUCCGCAAGCUUGCGCCAGAGUUCUCUGCGCCUGCGUCCACAUUAUCGACGGACACGAAUUUGACGAACCCUUCGCGCCGGACGUGCGCUACCGCACUCCCCAGAGCGACGGUUACGAGUACAUUCGCAAGACACAUCACGAGUAUUUGAACUCGUGUGCGGCAUUCCUGAGCCUGCCGCGUUCGAAAGAGGAGACGAGAGAGCUCAGAAUCGAUGCGAUUAUAUGCAUGUGCUCUCUACCAGAGCACGAGGACGCAAGACGACUCGUCCAAUGGCUGCAUACAUUCGGGGCCGCUCGCCUCGACUUUGAACUCGAAGACCUCGUCCAGGCGCUUGUUCGCCACCUCGCUGGGAUCCUUGAUCAUGCAGUGACGUCGAAGACAAUCGGUGGCCUCACUGCUGUGGGCGGUCUCAAAAAGCACCGCAGAAAGUAUGCCAAAAUACCUCUGUGGCCUACGGAUACCAACCAGCUUAUACCCCACGGUCUUGAACGGUCGAUGAAAGGGUACGCAGCGUCGUUGGGCCUGUUCCUCUGCAUCCGGUUCCAUGAAGCUCUCCUGUUCUUCAACAUGCUCCUCGUCAUCUGCGGUCACUCCAUCAUCAUGCCGGUCGUCAACGUGGAUUUCGAUUGGCCAUCGAGAGUCACCGACCUCGCUGACGCUCUUCUCGGUGAGCGCAGGGCAGCGUUCGGGAAACCCGUCGACGCUAGUACGGAGCAGAGCUGGAAGGACACACUCGUGCUUCUCACGCAGUGUGCUGAACAUUUUUCGGAUACUCGUAUCUUGAAUGCAAGGGACAUCAAUCUACUCGCUUGUGUGGGGACCGUGGUAGACGCGGAUGAGGAGCAAGUAGAGAGUCGCGGCCUUCUCUUCGUAUGCCACCUGCUCAUCAGACACCUACCCCGCUUCCUCGUCGGCACGAGCGUUUUCACCCAAGACGACAUCACCCGCUUUACCCGAAUUUUCGCCCUCCACGGUGCAGUGUUCUAUGUACACAGCCUACCCUACGAAUGCCUGGCCGUCUGCCCGCAGAUCCGUAACCUCUUCAAUGCGAUGCAAAACACUGCCAGGGCUGCAGAUCCCUUCAUCCUUGCGUUCCACGGCGUCAAAUGGGCUAUCACGAUGCGGCGUUGCUCCGCGCCAGAGUGCGACGGAACAUUUAUGACUGCUGGCCGGCCACUCGCCCGGUGCGCAGGGUGCGGCGUCCUGCGCUACUGCUCGCACGAGUGCCAGAAGCGAGCCUGGAAGCACGCACUGCUCUCGCACAGGACCAUUUGCGCAAAGCUGCGCAUGCUACUGGAGGGGACACGUCUCUGCAGCCUGGCCAGGGUCAUCAGCGCCGACCAUGGUCGACAAUCGUUCGUUAACGCGUGCAAUGGGGACGAGGGUCUUGGUGUACUUGCGCGAGGUUGCGCGGACCAUAUGUAUGACUUGAUGGCCAUGAGAUAUGACAUCAGUGAAGCUUUCAUGGCGGAGGCGUAUCGAGAAUUGCGAGAGGGAGCUACGAAUGAAGGCGAUUAUUGGCGCAACGGGUUGACCCGUCCUGCAUGAUCGUGGGUGUGAUGUCUGGAGUACACUGUUCUGGCUAAUACCUGCCCCUUGCAUUAGUUUCCCCCACCGC